GGAACUUCCUGCGUUUCUGCCCAGCUAGUCGUUUCCCCGGGCUGGGUCGGUGCGUCCCGAGCCGUGGGUCCGGGACUGGGGUGGGGCUGGGCGGGUACCGCUUCCCAGGCGGUUUUCGGGAACGGGAGGGGGAAGGACAGGGAGGCUAUUACCCUCCUCUGCGCCUUUGAACUAUCAGUGACCCCCUGGAACGCGGUGUCCGCCAGGGUCCCGCCGCGCCGCGAGCUCUCCGCGGCAUCCGACUCUGGGCGCACUUGACCCGGAGGAGACUGAAGUCCCACCUCGCCCGGGGCCAGGCGCCGUGUCGCUACGCUGAGCCCGCGACACACGCCUCGGUCACCCGCCUCUGAGGGCUCCUGCGUCCAGGGGCUGCGAUGGCGGCGGCGCUGAUGGACACGGCGCAGGGCUGUGUGACCUUUGAGGACGUGACCAUUUACUUCUCCCCGGAGGAGUGGGGACUCCUUGAUGAGGCUCAGAGACUCCUGUACUGUGAUGUGAUGCUGGAGAACUUUGCACUGAUCGCCUCCCUUGGACUUGCAUCUUUCAGGUCUCACAUAGUUGCUCAGCUGGAGAUGGGGGCAGAGCCCUGGGUGCCUGACCAAGUGGACAUGACUUCAGCCAUGGCAAGAGGGGUGUAUAGAGGGCCUGGCUCAGAUUUUUACUGUGGAACAGAGAGCGAGGAAUCACCUGCUGAGCUCAGUGUUUCGGUAGAAGUGUCACAGAACAUGAACUCCAAGGCAAUUUUAUCCACCCAGAAGGGCUACCCCUGUAACCUGUGUGGCCUCCACUUGAAAGACAUUCUAUAUCUGGCUAAACAUAGGGCUACACAUUCCAAGCAGAAACCACACGUGCAUGAGGCACAUAGGAAAGAGUUGAAGUUCAACGCCCACUUUUACCAGCCACAGAUGCAGCAGAAUGUGCACAAGUCUGUUGGAAGGAAUGAAGGCAGGGCCUUGCUUGUGAAAAACUUCAGAUAUGACACGUCAAAGAAAUCUUUCACAUUCAGGGAGGAUGGGAAGGCCUUUGUAGCCAGAAGUGGUUUUCUCCAGCAUCAGGUCACUACCAGUGUGGGGCAGCCAGAGCAGAGCUCUGAAAGUGUGGUGGAUUUUCCCACUGUGCAACUCCAUAAGAAGAACAGUGAAUUUGAGAAUGCUCUCAGUGACAAACUUUCACUUGUUCAGCAGAGAACCCACACUGGAGAAAGGUCUUAUGAGUGCAAUAAAUGUGGGAUAUUCUUCAGCUGUGCUGCUGGCCUCUUUCAACACCAGAGAGAUCAUAAUCGAGGAAAGCCUUAUGAAUGUGGCGAAUGUGGGAAAUUCUUCAGCCAGCACUCCAGUCUCAUCAAACAUCAGAGAGUUCACACUGGUGAAAGCCCUCACGUGUGCAGCGAGUGUGGCAAAUUCUUUAGUCGAAGUUCUAAUCUUAUUCAACAUAAGAGGGUUCACACUGGAGAAAAGCCUUAUGAAUGCAGUGAGUGUGGGAAGUUCUUCAGGCAGCGCUCGAACCUUAUUCAUCAUAAGAGGAUUCAUACUGGUAAAAGUGCUCAUGAGUGCAGUGAGUGUGGAAAAUCCUUCAACUGCAACUCCAGCCUAAUUAAACACUGGAGAGUUCACACUGGAGAAAAACCUUACAAGUGCAAUGAAUGUGGGAAAUUCUUUAGCCGCUUUGAUGGACUUGUUCAACAUCAGAUAGUUCAUACAGGUGAACGACCGUACAGAUGCAGCGUAUGUGGGAAAGCCUUCCGCCGGAGCUCUGACCUCAUGAAUCAUCAGCGAGUCCACACUGGUGAAAGGCCUUAUGAGUGCAGUGAAUGUGGGAAAACCUUCAGACGAAGUUCUAAUCUGAGACAGCAUCGGAAAGUUCACAAACCAGAUAAGACAUAUAAAUGCAAUGAAUGUGGAAAAGCCUUCAGCCAAAGGUCUACUCUCAUCCAGCAUCAGAAAAUUCACACUAGAGAAAAGAGCACAGAGGAUGUUCACCCUCCUUCUUCAGUACAACAGCACUUCCUAGAGAUGAACUCUGAGAGUGGUCUUUAUGAAGGAGCUGUCAGCCAGAAGUUAAACCUUGUUCAUCCAAAUAUCUAUGCUGGAGAGAUUCCCAAUGGAUGCUAAAUAAAUUGGAAGCUUUCUGGAGGAAGGGUACAUUUUUUGAUCCCAAAUUUUGUCAGAGUUUUUGUCAUUGCUAGUAUCUGUGGAAGAAGUCAUCUCAGCUCUACCCACUGGCAGGUCUCCAGAGUGUGUGCCAGCCACUUCCUGUUCUCAGAGAAGACAGGCCUCUGUUUCCUCUUUUGAGAGGGAAUUGUGGGUAGCCUGAGGCCAUAGGAAGAUGUCUUCCCUUCUGCUGUGACUGCUUUAGCUGUGAUCAUGACCCAUCUUCGCCAUGAAGACCUGAUCUGGGUCCUACUGGCAGCUUGCAGAGGUUUCCCUUUUCCAAGGACAUUGUUGAUCUUGUAUGAUGCUCAUGAUGGAUUCAUCCAGCUUCCACAUUAUCCAUCCUUGACUUUACAUUGCUCUGGUUUGGGUGAUAAGGGCCUUAUUGAUAAAAUCACCUUUAAUCUCCUGUAUUCUGACAACUGUGUGGAGUGGGUUGAGAACAGGAUGAAGGUCUUGCAAACCAAACAAGUCUUCAGAUUUAUUGCCUCAGUGAAGAGUGGGAUGGCAGAGAACAGUUCUCAGUCCAGAGUUGGCCUCAUUUGUGUUGCUACCUGAGAUCUCCUAGGGAAGAUUAUAGGGCUUGGUCAGCCUAAUGUUGUGACCUGAAGGGCAUGACUUUUUGUAGAUCAGAGAUUACCUUGAGGAAGGGAAGGUUGUGCAACUGCCAGUGUAUCUGGAAGCAGCCUGAUUUAGGCAGCCCCCCCUUUUUUUUCCUGAGGAUGGUUUCUAUUCCUUAGCACUGUCUAGUAGACAUUGUUUACCUGGCCUCUGCCAAGGAGUCAUAUGCCUUUGAUGUCUAAAAUCCAGUAUAAGUCACCUACUGUAAGACUUACUGGGUCCAAUUGGCAGAUUAGAGGGAAUGUAUCUGUUAUAAAAUUGCAUCCACAAAUGUUCCCUUAAAUGUAACUAUGCAGGAUUCAGGACUUGCAGAAAUUCUCAGGACCUCCAGACCUCUGUUCUAUGACUAAGGCCCCUGGCAGAGGAAAUCAGCUAAAGGUUUUGUGGAUUAUUGCAGGCUGUCUGCAUUAUUCAUGUCAAAACCAGUGUUGUGUUGGCAGAGAAAUAGGGACUAAGAGAAGGUAUAUCUUGUAACCCAGGGAGGAGGCAUUUGCAACACAGCCAACCAUUUUGGUGCCAACACAUGAGGAGAGAGGGAAUAUGGGGGUGCCAAAUCUUACAUUUUCUAAAAUGAGUGGGAGAGCAGAUUUUUACUUGCAACAAUUUCUUUUAAUGCUUUGUUGAGAUAUAAUUUCUAUGCAAUAAUUGGCUGUACAUAUUUAAUGUGUACACUUUGAUAAGUUUUAAUAUAUGUGUACACUCAGGAAACGAACACCACAACCAUAAUAAUGAACCCAUCCAUCACCCACAUGGCUACCUCGUGCCCCUUGACAAUCCAUCCUUGUUUUCCCCAGAGAACUAUUAGCUACAUCCCAAGGAAACCACUGAUUUACCUUUUAUUCACUGUGAAUUUGCUUGCCUUUCCUAGAAUUUUGUACAAUUGGAAACAUAAAGUAUCUAUACUCUGUUUUUGGUCUGUUUUCUUUCAUACAGCAUAAUCAUCUUGAGAAUCAUCCAUUCUGUGAAUAUGAAGAGUUCAUUCCUUUUACUGCUGAGUAAUCCUCUCCUGGGAAGUUCCCAGGUGGCAGAAUUGGUAAAGAAUCCACCUGCAAUGCAAGAGAUGUGGGUUUGAUCCCAGGGUCAGGAAGAUCCCCUAAGUAGGAAAAAGCAACCCACUCCAGUAUUCUUGCCUGGAAAAUUACAUGGAUAGUGGAGCUUGGCAGCCUGCCAUCCAUGGGGUCGCAAAGAAUUGUACAUGACUGAGUAUUCACACACACACAUACACUUCUCUGAUGAAUGAAUACCUUAACUUUUGGUUUUUUAAUUAAAAAUAUCUGAUAAAAUCUUAAGCAUUGUUAGGUAUACAGUUUAAUGGUAUCAAGUAUAGUCACAUUGUGCAACUAUCACUACUAUUCAUCUCCAGAAUUCUUUUAAUUUUGUAAAACUGAAACUAUAUUCAUUAAACAAUAACUUCUUAUCCCCCCACCCAUUCCCCAAGCCCCUAAAAACCAAUAUCUAACUUUCUGUAAUGGAAUUUGACUACUCUGGUUACCUCAUAUAAAUGGAGCUAUAUAUUA